AGCACAUCAAACUUGGUCAAGUUCACUGCAGUUUAACCUUUUAUUUGUCCCGUGACGUUUUCCAAAUCUCAUUAACUUGGAAAUAUUUGACUUGAAAGUUUUCUGCUUCUGAUUAUAGUCGUAAAAUGCGUCUUUUGAUUCUGUGCGCGUCUAUUAUUCUGGUACCGCUGCUGUGCGAUGCGCGGAUCAUUAAGCGUUAUGUGAUCGGCUGUCCGGAGCGCUGUGAUAAGAGUCUUUGUCCGCCUAUACCGCCCGACUGUCUGGCCGGUGACAUCCUGGACCAGUGCGACUGCUGCCCAGUGUGCGCGGCCGGCGAGGGUGAGUCCUGCGGCGGCACAGGGAAACUGGGAGACCCGGAGUGUGGAGAAGGUCUGGAAUGCGCUGUGUCUGACGGGGUUGGUGCAACGACUACCGUGAGACGGAGAGGAAAGACCGGCGUGUGCGUGUGCAAGAGUUCUGAACCGGUCUGCGGCAGUGAUGGGGUGUCCUACAGGAACAUCUGCGAACUCAAGAGGGUCAGUAACCGGGCGCAGAAGCUUCAGCAGCCACCCAUCAUCUUCAUCCAGAGAGGAGCCUGCGGGAAAGGCCACGAGGAGAAUCCAGAUAGUCUCCGGCACAGAUAUAACUUCAUCGCUGAUGUGGUGGAGAAGAUCGCUCCAGCUGUGGUUCACAUUGAAUUAUUCCGCAAAAAUGUCUUCAAUCGGGAAGUGGCGGUGGCCAGCGGCUCUGGUUUUGUGGUGUCUGAAGAUGGUCUGAUUGUAACUAAUGCUCAUGUGGUAGCCAACAAACAUCGGGUGAAGGUCGAACUGAAGACAGGGACCACCUAUGAUGCCAAAAUCAAAGACGUAGAUGAGAAAGCAGACAUCGCUCUCAUCAAAAUAGACGCCCCGAUGAAGCUCCCUGUGCUGUUGUUGGGCCGGUCAGCUGAUCUGAGACCAGGUGAAUUUGUGGUGGCAAUUGGCAGUCCGUUCUCCCUUCAGAACACAGUGACCACAGGCAUCGUCAGCACUACCCAGAGAGGUGGCAAAGAGCUGGGCCUGCGCAACUCUGAUAUGGACUACAUCCAGACAGAUGCCAUCAUCAAUUAUGGUAAUUCCGGAGGGCCCCUGGUGAAUCUGGAUGGGGAAGUGAUUGGAAUCAACACACUGAAGGUGACCGCAGGAAUAUCCUUCGCCAUUCCCUCUGACAAGAUCCGACAGUUCCUGGCUGAGUCUCACGACAGGCAGGCUAAAGGAAAAACAGCCACAAAAAAGAAGUAUAUUGGUGUGAGGAUGAUGACGUUAACUCCAACACUUGCUAAGGAGCUAAAGCAGAGAAAAAAUGAUUUCCCAGAUGUCACCUCUGGUGCUUACGUCAUUGAAGUUAUUCCCAAAACACCAGCUGAAGUUGGCGGUUUGAAGGAGAGUGACGUCAUAAUCAGCAUUAACGGUCAGAGGAUCACAUCGGCCAGCGACGUCAGCACGGCCAUCAAGACAGACGAAAGCCUGAGAGCAGUGGUACGGCGCGGAAAUGAAGACAUUAUCCUCACCAUCAUUCCUGAAGAGAUCGACCCUUGACCACCCUCACGCUCACCUUGAGCUGGUUCUCAGACUUUUACUGAGAGUGUGUCUGGAGUCGCACUCAAUCUAGAAAUCAAUCAUAAUGAACACUUCCAAACCCAACCAUCAUCAAAACUUAGAACAGCAAAUGUCCUUUGUUUUUUUUUUUGCCUUUUCUCAUAUAUGAAGCCAUUUUCUGCUUAUUCAUUAGCAUACCAUCUUAGAAUAAGUCUUUUGUAAAUAGAUAUGAGAAUUUAGCGCUGUGUUCACACUAUACAAGCAUUUUUUGUUAUUGUUUAAAGGAGCGCUUCAUUUUUUUUAAAUAACUCCCCUAGAGUUAAACAGUUUACCAUUUUUAAAUCCACUGAGCUGAUCUUUAGGUAUGGUAGAAGCACUUUUAUUUUAGCUUAGCAUGAAUCAUUGAAUUUGAUUAUAGGCCAUUGGCAUCUAAAUUAAAAAAGAUACAAAUUGUUCAUCUUUAAAUAGUCAAGCUUUACAUAGGAAGAUUAUUGACACUCUUGAUUGAAAUAUUUUAAUUGGAUGCUAAAGGUCUGGAUGCGAUUGAAUGAUUUAUGCUAAGCUAAGCUAAGCUAAAAGUGCUCCCUGGAGAUUGGCUGAAUGGAUUAACUCUAGGGGAAUUGUAAAAUUUCCAAAAAAGUGGAGUGUUUCUUUAAAAGGCGUCUAAUAGACGUCUAAACUGUGACAUCUUGGCUAAUACAAGGCUAUGUUUGGACUGUCAGUGAAUAGUGAAAAUCUAAAAGAUGUCUAACAGUAGUUAAAAAAUAGACAGGAAUGAAUGAAUACAGAGGUGAAGUCUGUCUAAUAUGUUUAUUUGAUGACUUGUUUUAGCCAGGAUGCCUGCGUUUAUACAUCUAGUUGAUGUCUUUUAAAAAUGCUUGGUGGGCUGACAUUCGGAAAUGUAUAUAUUUUUUUCUGUUCCAAAACCUAGUGAACUGCUUUCGAAGGUUCCAUUCGGGAUGGUUGCACAGGUUUAUUUUAACUAUCAGUAACUGAAACCUAUAUCUACAAAAAAUAAAUAAAUAAAUCAGUGGAAUUAAACAGGAAUGUUUGAUUCAACGUGUGUGUUUAUGUGUGUAAUGUACAGUUGAAGUCAGAAUGAUUAGCCCCCCUGAAUUAUUAGCCCCCCUGUUUAUUUUUCUCCCAUUUUCCCCAAUUUGUUUUUUUCUCUAUUCUGUUUAACAGAUAGCAGAUUUUCUCAAUACAUUUCUAAACAUUAUUGUUUUAAUAACUCAUCUCUAAUAACUGAUUUAUUUUAUUUUUGCCAUGAUGACAGUAAAAAAUAUUUAACUAGAUAUUUUUCAAGACACUUAUAAAGCUUAAUGUGACAUUUAAAGGCUUAACUGGGUUAAUUAAGUUACCUAGGCAAGUUAGGGUAAUUAGGCAAGUUAUUUUAUAACGAUUGUUUUUCUGUAGACUAUCAUAAAAAAAUAAUUAGCUUAAAGGGGCUAAUAAUUUUGACCUUAAAAUUGUUCACAAAAAUCAAAAACUCAAAAAUCAAGUCUCCAGAAGAAAAAAUAUUAUCAGACAAACUGUAAAAAGUUAUUUGCUCUAUUAAACAUAAUUUGGAAAAUAUUUAGAAAAGAACACAAAUUCAAAGGGGGGCUAAUAAUUCUGACUUUAACUGUGUAGUUUGCCCAAAAGUUUACUCAUAUUUACUUACCCUUGGGUGGUUCCAAACCUUAAGGUGUUUCUUUAUUCUGUGAAACGCAAAGAAGGCAUUUUAAAGAAAAAUAAAAAAAACGUGUACUCUUUGAAAUCCAUAAAUAAACACUAUGGAAGUCAAUAAUCACGUUUCCAGCUUUCUUCAGAAUAUCUUCUUUUCUGUUCAACAGAAAACAUUCAAACAGGUUUGGAACAAGCAAAGGGUGAGUAAACAACACAAUGUUCAUGGUUUUUUUUAUUAAAAUUCCUCCCAGAAUGAAUCAUGGGAAAACCUGAAGCAAGGACAGCAAAGCAUAUUUCAGAAGAGCUAUUGUUUAUACAAAGAUACAGACAAAGGCUUGAUUCAUGCAUAAAUAGCACAGUAUAUAAAAACAACUACAAAGAAUGCUACAGUAAGCCCAAAAAAGCUGAAGUUUAUCCAUCCUGAAAGAUGACUAAGUGGAAUGCCGAAACAUGAACAGGCGCGCUCUGAACAAUACGGUGUGCACAUGUUUGUACUGUAUGUAUUUUGUUCAUUUGGAAAUAUUGCCUUAUUAAAGCUAAAUAAAUUACAA